AUGGAGAGCCCGCACGAGCACCAGCAGACGGUGCUUCUCUCGCGCAUCAUCACCAACGUUGAGAAACUGAAUGAGGCCAUCAUGGUCAUGAACAAGAGUCUUCAGGAGGUCAACAUCCAGAAUAUGAAUGUUGAGCUGGUUGCGCAGAUGUUCAAGAACUACCAGUCCAAUGUCUUAUUCCAUCUCGAAGCUACGGAGAACCUCAAGGACCCCUCUUAA